AUGACGGUCGUCGAGGCCAUUAAAGAUGCCGUCGGGCUGGGCGACGAUCACGCUACAGCUCCCGCUCCCGCUUCCAGAGAGGCAAUGUCCGAAGCCAGAUUACCCAUGGCCUACCGCGAUAGCUGCGCGAACCUCCUGAUCCCGCUUAACAAAUGUCGACAUGAAACGUGGUAUCUGCCUUGGAAGUGCGAGACCGAACGACAUAGCUAUGAGAAAUGUCAGUACGAAGAGUUCAAAAAGAGAGUCGCGAAAAUGGACGAGCUUCGGGCGUCAAAAGCAGCUGCAAGCAGUGCCUAA